AUGAGGUGCGGAUCAGAGCCGACCAAGAAAAUGGUAGGCGCGCUUGGAGGCUCUGGCGGGGCAAUAAGACGGCAAUAUUGGAUUGUUUCAAUAGUAUUCAUGGCUUGGCAUUCAAUGGAGAGUGAUGAUAGAGCUUGUGUUUAUGGCGGUGGGGAUGUUGGAUGGAGCAUUUCACAUUUACGAUAG